AUGGCUUCUUCUUCGCUUCCCAUGGCUAUCCUCUUCUCCUUCAUCUUCUUAUCCUCUCUCGCCGCUGCAAAUGAGGUCACCGUCGGUGGAAAAUCCGGCGACUGGAAGAUCCCUCCUUCCUCUUCUUACUCCUUCACCGAAUGGGCUCAAAAAGCUCGCUUCAAAGUCGGCGACUUUAUAGUUUUCCGGUACGAAGCUGGUAAAGACUCGGUUUUGCAAGUAGCACAAGAGGCUUACAAGAGCUGCAACACCAUGAACCCGUUGGCUAACUACACCGAUGGAGAGACCAAGGUGAAACUGGAUCGAUCCGGUCCAUUUUACUUCAUUAGUGGAGCCGAUGGUCACUGUGAAAAGGGUCAGAAGCUGAGCCUCGUCGUGAUUAGUCCUCGUCACGUUGCCUUUUCUCCGGCUCCUUCACCUACUCUGGUUGAUUUCGGAGAAGGUCCAGCCUUGGCUCCAGCUCCAACCAGCGGCUCAGCUAGGCUUGGUGGUGGGUUUGCUGUGUUCGGUCUUGUUCUUGGUCUAUGGGCUUGGUUCUGA